AGUUCCCGAAGCUUCUGGUGGCCGGCGCUUGAGUGGGAGCUAUGGCUAAACAUCAUCCGGACUUGAUCUUUUGCCGCAAGCAGGCCGGUGUUGCCAUCGGAAGACUGUGUGAAAAAUGUGAUGGCAAGUGUGUGAUCUGUGACUCCUAUGUGCGUCCCUGCACCCUGGUGCGCAUAUGUGACGAGUGUAACUACGGCUCUUACCAGGGGCGUUGCGUGAUCUGUGGAGGCCCUGGAGUCUCUGACGCCUAUUACUGUAAGGAGUGCACCAUCCAGGAGAAGGAUAGAGAUGGUUGCCCAAAGAUUGUCAAUUUGGGGAGCUCCAAGACAGAUCUCUUCUAUGAACGCAAAAAAUAUGGUUUCAAGAAGAGGUGAUUGGUGGGCGGCCUCUUCCUUCCCCCAUCAAGCUGCUGCAGCUGCCAGAAAAGACGCCUACUACUGCCAGCAGAAAGGGAGUGGAGCGCAGAGCAUCACCUGAAUUGCCUGCUAGUACACUGGCACCUUUCCACCCUUUCCUCUCCUCUCACCCAGACGUGGUAGGAAUGGAAAAGGAUUCUUCACAGAGCGCUCUGGCGGUGUACCAGAGAAAAAUUGAUAGAUUAGUUCAUGGUUUUUCUUGAAUUCAAGAAGCAAGGCUCUGUUUGCCACAUUGAUAAGUUCUCUCUACACCACGAGCUUCUAAAACAGGAAUAAUAUCAUUUCAGUCCCUGUUUGAGGAGCUGACUGUGAAGCCACCACAGUGAGGCACGUGUUCUUGCAGCAGCUCUGACGGCGGUUGUCCUCGAUGGAACGUCUGCAGUGUGGGGGAGCUCUCCCGGCAAUAAAUGUGGGCAUUUAAUCUCAGAACACUUGCCAGGGGCUGCUGGCUCAUGUUAUUUUUCUUCUAAGAAAUUGGAAACCCUUUCUGUUGCUAUUGUAUUAAUAAAGUAGGUGUUUAUUUUCUGGUA